GUCCGCCUCUCCCCGUGCUCUCCUGCACAGCUGAAAGGAGACUGCUUCCUGCACACCCAGUUUUCUUGGCUUCCUGCUUUGUCCUUCUUUUCCCCACUAAAUCUGGCUGCAGACGACAACACCUGUCAUAGCACCUUGCCCCUAUGCCAUCCCGGCUACAGCCUGACCUGCUGUAAGUGCGGACCCUUGUGUAGAAGAGAGGACAUCAUGGUGGCUUUCAAAGGGGUCUGGACUCAAGCUUUCUGGAAAGCAGUCACAGCAGAAUUUCUGGCCAUGCUUAUUUUUGUUCUCCUCAGCCUGGGAUCCACCAUCAACUGGGGUGGAACAGAAAAGCCCCUACCGGUGGACAUGGUUCUCAUCUCCCUCUGCUUCGGACUCAGCAUUGCCACCAUGGUGCAGUGCUUUGGCCACAUCAGUGGCGGUCACAUCAAUCCUGCUGUCACUGUGGCCAUGGUGUGCACCAGGAAGAUCAGCAUCGCCAAGUCUGUCUUCUACAUCGCAGCCCAGUGCCUAGGGGCCAUCAUCGGAGCCGGGAUUCUCUACCUGGUCACACCGCCCGGCGUGGUGGGAGGCCUGGGAGUCACCACGGUUCAUGGAAAUCUUAGCGCUGGCCAUGGUCUCCUGGUGGAGUUGAUAAUCACAUUUCAGUUGGUGUUCACUAUUUUUGCCAGCUGUGAUUCCAAACGGACUGAUGUCACUGGUUCAAUAGCUCUAGCAAUUGGAAUUUCUGUUGCAAUUGGACAUUUAUUUGCAAUCAAUUAUACUGGUGCCAGCAUGAAUCCUGCUCGAUCUUUUGGACCUGCUGUUAUCAUGGGAAAUUGGGAAAACCAUUGGAUAUAUUGGGUUGGACCAAUAAUAGGCGCUGUCCUGGCUGGUGGCCUUUAUGAGUACGUCUUCUGUCCAGAUGUUGAACUCAAACGUCGUUUUAAAGAAGCCUUCAGCAAAGCUGCCCAGCAAACGAAAGGGAGCUACAUGGAGGUGGAGGACAACAGGAGUCAGGUGGAGACUGAAGACCUGAUUCUAAAACCAGGAGUGAUGCAUGUGAUUGACAUUGACCGAGGAGAGGAGAAGAAGGGGAAAGACCCAUCUGGAGAGGUGUUGUCUUCCGUAUGACUAGAAGAAAGCACUGAAAGCAGACAAGACCCUGUGGAAGAGUCCUCAGAUUUCCUUCCACCCAUUAAGGAAACAGAUUUGUUAUAAAUUGGGCAUGUACAGGUUUGUUGUUUCAUGUCAUUUUAUACCGUCUAAGCACAA